CUCCGGCUCCGGCUGCGGGCAGGUGCGGGGUCGGUGCCCGCCCGCGAGGCUGCGGGGGCGGCCGAUGGCUGCGGGGGGGGCCGGGCGGCGCCGGGGGCCGCGCUGAAGCGGGGCCGGGCUCGGCUUCGUGCCCCUUUUGUUCCCACCGCCGCCGGGGAUGCGCCGGGAUUGGCGCGGCCCCCCCGCGCCCCGCUGCUCGCCCCCCCGGCGCGGCUAGCCCCGACCCUCCCGUCCGGCCCCUUUAAAGCCGAGAUGCCGGCGCUGCCCGGCCGGCGCUGACGGCUGCUGCUCGGCCGCGAUGCCCCGCUCCGGACGCUGAGGCGGGCAGGUCCGGGAUGGGCGGCGUGAUGGGGGGUGCCGGCCGCUGGCUCCUGCUCAGCCUCUCCCUCCUGCCGCUCUCCGUGCUGGGCUCCCAGGACAAUGGGCAGGCCAUCCGGAUCCACAAGGUGCAGCACCAGGCGGUGCGGGUGGGGCUGGCUGAGCCCGUGGCCCUGCCCUGCCUCUUCCUGCUCCACGCCUCGGCCAUGCGGGGGCCCAACGACCCGCCGGACCCGCCGCGCAUCAAGUGGAGCAAGGUGCAGUCGGCGUCCGGCCAGCGGCAGGACGAGCCCAUCCUGGUGGCCAAGGAUAACGCCGUGAAGGUGGCCAAGGCCUACGAGGGCCGGGUGUCCCUGCCCGGGUACCCCCGCGACCGCUACAACGCCACCCUGGUGCUGGGUGCCGCCCGUGCCAGCGACGCGGGGCUGUACCGCUGCGAGGUGGUGGCCGGGAUCGACGACGAGCAGGACCUGCUGCCCCUGGAGGUGACAGGUGUCGUGUUCCACUACCGGGCCGCCAGCAACCGCUACGCACUGACCUUUGCGGAGGCGCGGCGUGCCUGCCGGGACAGCUCGGCCCUCAUUGCCUCGCCCGCACACCUGCAGGCAGCCUUCGAGGACGGCUACGACAACUGCGAUGCCGGCUGGCUGUCAGACCAGAGCGUCAGGUACCCCAUCACGCACUCCAGACCUGGCUGCUACGGAGACCGCAACAGCCUCCCGGGCGUCCGCAGCUACGGGCAGAGGGAAGCCGAUGAAGCUUACGAUGUCUACUGCUAUGCCAGGGAGCUCCAAGGGAAAGUGUUUUACGUCUCCACGCCUGGGCGGCUCACCGCCCAGGGGGCCCGGGAGCAGUGCCAGAGUCACGGGGCCGUGCUGGCCACCACGGGCCAGCUGCACCUGGCGUGGCAGAGUGGGCUGGACCAGUGCGACCCGGGCUGGCUGGCCGAUGGCAGCGUCCGCUACCCCAUCAGCAUCCCACGCAAGAAGUGCGGCGGGGACGAGCCAGGGGUGCGGACCGUGUACCAGUUCCCCAACCGCACCGGCUUCCCUGACCCGGCCUCCAAGUUCGAUGCCUACUGCUACAGAGCACACCAGCAGCCGCCCCCGGGGCUGGAGAAGCAGGAUGCGCCAGUGCAGGAGAGACCGGAGAGCAGGGCAGCCUUGGAGGGGCAGAGCAGCCCCAGGGCACCCGACCUGCUGGGCAUGGACAACCUUCUGGUGGAGCACGAGGAGGAGCUGCCCUCCCCGGGCCACAACGAGCUGUUCCCACGGGAGCGAGAGGACCUCAGCACGUCCGGGGACUCCCGGGAGGUGCCCCGGGAUCACUUCGGCCUCCUGCACAGGCUGGUGGGGCCGGCCCUGCCCGAGGAUGAGCAGCUGCAGCCCGUGCCCGCCAGCCCAGCUGGGGAGCACCCAGCACCCCCUGACACAGGCCCCGAGUGGACAGCAGGGCCCAGGGUGCUGGCAGAGGACAGCACGGCGCUGGCUCCCGUCACGGCCUCCCCUGCAGCUGGGCCGGGUGAGGACGAGUUGCUGAACAUGGUGGACCAGGGGCCUCUGCAGGGCACCCCGGCCGGCACCUGGGAGGGGGUGCCCAGCACCAGCCAGCUGCUGCCCGUGCAAGCAGAUCUCACAGGCCUGGAGGAGCCCAGUGAUGCCGUCAAGCUGCCUGUCUUCCCUUCCCAUCACCCUGCCAUGAAGGUCCCGCUGGGGCCUGCCACCAGCGCCCCAUCAGCCUCCCCCACAACGCCUUCUGCCGGGGCCCAGCACCGCCCGGGGACCUCUGCUGCCGACGGGCCAGAGCUGGCCGGCCCAGGCGCCUCCGAGGAGCCCCGGCCCGCGCCCAGCACCCCCCAGCCCACCAGGAAGAGCAUCUACUCGGGGCUGAAUGGCCGCUACUUCCAGCUGCAGCACGGGCAAGGGGGCCAAGGCACGGAGCGGGGCAGCACGGAGCCCCCCUUCCUGGCGCAGGAGGCAAGAGGCGUCGCGGCCAACGCGGUGGAGAUGCUGACCAUGCCGGGGAUCACUGUGGAGCCUGAUGCUGGGGAGGGGGCCUACCCCUUCUCCAACGAAGUGGAGGGGGUGGCCGGCUACCAGCCGCCGGGACCGGAGCACCGCGGCCCCCCGCCCACCCCGUCGCCCCCCGCCCCGAGAGACCAGCCGGCCCCGGGCAGCGAGAGCCCCGAGGUGGAGCAAGCGGCCCCGACGGCCGGCCCCGACGGUGGGGGGCUGGCUGGCCCGGAGGGAGCAGCGCCCAGCACCCCGGCUCGCCUGACGCCGCCUGUGCGCCCGCCCGGUCCCGCCACCUCCGGAGCCCCCCUGGCCGGGGCGGCAGACGCUCCCGCCGGCGCCAGGGCCCGCGGGGAUCACCCGCAGCUGGGGGAGGAGCCGGAGGAGCUCUCCGGGGAGCCGCCGUCCAGCGAGGAGGGCGGCCGUGUCCCCCUCGGCCCCGGCUCAGCGAUCUCGGCGUCGCCUCCGCCCGGGGGCAGCGACGGCAGCGGCGCCGCGGAGCUCAGCUUCCAGGCCGUGACCUUCACCGAGAGCCUGGGGGUCCCGGCCAACGCGGAGAGCUCCGGCGCCCCGGAGCCCUGGGAGGGGGCCGGCAGGGAAGGAGCCCCGCCGGGAGAGGCAGGGGAGCCCGGCCUGGGCAGCGCGGCUGCAGGAGGGGACCCCUGGGGCCAGGAGCAGGAGGACAGCGCAGAGGAGGGACAGGCGGCGCCGCCCGGGAGGACCCCCGGUCCCCAGGAGGAGGAUCGCCCAUCCCCGACCACUGCCCGCUGGGCCCCGGGGCAGCUCCCGGCCGCCAGCCGCCCCGCUGAGCCGCAGCCCGACGCCGCCCUGGCGCUGACACGGCCCGACGAGGUACCGCCCUGGGCCGCCGGCCGGGAUCCAGGCCCCCCCGAGCCACUGGGGACCGCGCAGCCGGUGACCGGGAGCGAGCAGGACGCAGGAGCCGCCGGGGCCACCCCGGAGCCCGCCCGCACCCACCCGCCCGCAGCGGGCCCGGCGGGGGCCACCCCCGCGCUGCCAGGGAGCUCCGGCGCGGAGGCGCUGCGGAGCGGGGCCCCUGCCCGAGGGGACGCGCGGAGCGAGCAGCCGCCGACGGCGCGGGGCCCUGCGGCUGCGGCCCCGCUGCUGGCACACGGCCCGGGCGCCACCGCCGCUCCCCGGGGGCCCCUGCCCGAGUCGCCCACCGGGGUGCUGCCGGCGGCUCCCGGCCCGGAGCCCCCUGCGCUGCCCUCGGCUGGGCUGGACGGGGCCGGGGCCAGGACCGAGAGCCCGGACGGCGGCAGCGGCGAGGACCCGGCGCUGCCCUUCCUCGGGGAGGCGGAGAUCGGGGCCUGGCUGGGCGACGGCAACGACAGCGUGCUGGCCCCCGCCGACCCCUGCGAGAACAACCCCUGCCUGCACGGCGGCACCUGCCAGUCCAACGGCAGCGUCUCCAGCUGCACCUGCGACCCGGGCUUCACCGGGGAGAACUGCGAGAUCGACAUCGACGACUGCCUGUCCAGCCCCUGCCAGAACGGAGGCACCUGCAUCGACGAGAUCAACUCCUUCGUCUGCCUCUGCCUGCCCAGCUACGGGGGCAGCCUCUGCGAGAAAGACACGGAGGGCUGCGACCACAACUGGCACAAGUUCCAGGGCCACUGCUACCGCUACUUCGCGCACCGGCGCUCCUGGGAGGACGCGGAGCGUGACUGCCGCCGCCGCGCCGGGCACCUCACCAGCAUCCACUCGCAGGAGGAGCACGGCUUCAUCAACAGCUUCGGGCACGAGAACACCUGGAUUGGGCUCAACGACCGCAUCGUGGAGCGGGAUUUCCAGUGGACCGACAACACUGGCCUGCAAUACGAGAACUGGCGCGAGAACCAGCCCGACAACUUCUUCGCGGGCGGCGAGGACUGCGUGGUGCUGGUGUCGCACGAGAUUGGCAAGUGGAACGACGUGCCCUGCAACUACAACCUGCCCUACAUCUGCAAGAAGGGCACAGUGCUGUGCGGGCCGCCGCCCGAGGUGGACAACGCCUUCCCCGUGGGCAGGAGGAAGGAGAAGUACAGCAUCCACGCCACGGUGCGGUACCAGUGCGCCGACGGCUUCAUGCCCCGCCACGUCCCCACCGUCAAGUGCCACAGCAACGGGAAGUGGGACCGGCCCAAGCUCCUCUGCACAAGACAAGGUCGCACCGAACCCGGCGCCACCACCGCCGCCACCGCAGCCACCCACACCGCCCGCACCGCCGCCACCAGCCCCGCAAGGAGCGGCGAAAACACCGCCGGCCGCACCCGCCCGCCUGGCUGGACGAGGGCCGCGGCUUCUAGGGGCUGGUGACGAGGAAGCACAACCCCCCCGCCCUCCCCUCCACUCCCGGGACGAGACGUGUUUGUGAUGGGAACAAUCCCGCCCCCGCGGUCCCCCUUCCCCAGGGCAGGGCCGGGCCUGACAGGGCGGCCAGGCUGGACACGGAGCUCCCAGCCCUGCAGGGCCCCUCCCUACCCCGGAGCAGCGCCCCGCGGCCCCAGCCCUGCGCCUCUCACCCCAGGACUCGGGCCUGCCCCGUCCCCGCCAACCAGGCAGCCGGUCCUCUCCUCCCCACGGGUGGUCUGGAAACCCCUGGGGUGGAGGCAGCCCCUGCCUGUGGAGGGGAAGGGGCUCCCCUCGCCCCCGGGGGUCUCAGUCCCUUCUUCCCCGCCCCAGCUCUGGGCCCCACGCACAAGGAGUCACGUUUCCCCGGAGGGCAACAGGAUCGGGCCCCUCCCGGUGGGUUUAUGGACCCCCCUUGCCCCCUUCCCCUCCCCAUGUGUCAUCGGUCCGGGUAGGUGUGUGUGGCCGCGGUGCCCUCCGUGUCCCCCCUGGCCCUGGCCCGCCGCGUUUCUGGACCGCUGGACAUUUUAAUAAAUUUUUUUAACAGUUAAUAA